AUGACCUUGAGAGAGUUCAUUUCUGUGUGGAAAGAAAAUAUUAGUCGUGGAGAAUGGGGACUCCUGGCAGAGACUGCGCCAUUGACAUCCAAGCGACGUAAUAAUGGGCGUAGUAAACAUGGAAGGGGCCAUGUAAAACCUGUUCGGUGUACUAAUUGUGCUCGUUGUGUACCUAAAGAUAAAGCAAUAAAAAAAUUCGUUAUACGCAACAUAGUUGAAGCUGCAGCCGUGAGAGAUAUUACAGAUGCAAGUGUGUAUGAAACCUAUGCAUUACCAAAAUUGUAUGCAAAACUUCAUUAUUGUGUAUCUUGUGCUAUUCACUCUAAGAUAGUAAGGAACAGAUCUAAAGAAGGUCGAAAAGAUAGAGCUCCUCCCCCGAGGUUCCAGAGGCCAAUAUCAGAUGCUGGACCUCGUGGAAAUGUCCAACGUGUUAUGCCAUCAAAAUAAUUUUUUUAUGUUUUGAAAAUAAUAAAAAUAAAACUUUUAAUGGAAGAA